AUGCCGAUGAUCAACAUGUCCAACAAGUACUUUAACGCCAUGGCGAGCAAGCCGGAAAGCGUCGAUAGAAUCACGAUAGAUGUAUCGGUCUUCGAGGAACUCUCGAACGCCACGAACGAGUAUACUGCUUUGAAGAGAGCCCUCGUACGAGCUGGCGUGACCGAAGAACAUCUCGAGACCUUGAUUAGAUCCGAGACUGGUGACAGCAAUCGACCUAGUUCCGACUACGCACUUCCCAGCAUUCGAUCAACAUCUACAUCGCUGUCUUCGUCACCAUGCAAGUCCGCCUGGGCUGUGGAUGCUCCCAUCUUCGUUCCGAGAGAGCCGUGCUCGAGAACUUCAUUCAAGCCUGAUUUUAGCGCAAUCAAGGCCGUUCACUCGAUUCCACCUACACCGCCGUCAGAGUGGUGUGACGAGGAGGAAUCUGAGCCGGAGAGAUAUAAUGGUGACAACCAAGACCGCUCCAUCGUCCUCCGAGGCUUCUCCCCGUUCACGACACUUGCGGACCUCGCCAAAGUCCUCCGUGGUGGCAUGAUUCUGAACAUGUACAUUCGCGAGCGAGAGCGUGCAGCCCACGUUUCGUUCGUGGAGCCACUGGCUGCCGAGAAGUUCGUAAUGCAUUACAAGCGCAACGAUAUCUACCUCAAGGGCAAGCGAAUCGACGUGUCUUGGGACGAUAGGCAGUACUAUCUGCCUGGGUAUAUCCGACGACAAGUAUCGAAUGGUGCAACCCGCAACAUUGUCAUCAGGUUUGCACCACAAGGGAUGACCGCUGAGACUGUUCGACGGGAUCUGGAGCACAUACACCAGCUGGAGGUAGUCGACGUCGUCACUACGGAGAACCAUAUCUUUGUUUCGACCAACAGCAUCAAACAUGCCAUCACCGCCAAACACUGCAUGGCGUCAAGACUCAAGUACAAGGGCACCAAGCUCGAGUUCUUUGAGGACGAAUGCGACCAGAUCCUGCCGACGACUGUCAAGAGAACCUCAAAGCAGGGCUUUGAGCCGUCCAAGAGACCAGCCACGGUCUCCAUGGCCAAUCGGUUCGCCCUGCUGUUCGAAGGGGACAAUGAGAUGGAAGACAAGGAAAAGCCGAUGAAGCGUGUCGGUUCGAUGGAUCUGAUGAGAGAUCCCGCUUAG